AUGUUAAAUACUUCAUAGAGUAGAUCAACAAAUGAAAUACCUAAUUAUGUUGUAAUUGAGGGUGAAUACAUAAUAGUGAAAAACAGAUAUAAAGGAAACACCUACAAUUUAUACAUAGGUAGAGAUUCAAAGCCUAGCUAGCUGUAAAAGAAAACUAUUCAGAUGAUUAAAACAAGUUUGUAUUAAUCAAAAUGAG